UUCACCUCCCGAAAAAACUGACCUACCUAUCUGCAUUCAUCAUGAAAACCCCGGGAGAGACGGGGUUCGCCUUCCCCGAAUGGGCCUACAAGCCGGAGUCGAGCCCCGGGUCGCGACAGAUCCAGCUCUGGCACUUCAUCCUGGAGCUGCUGCGCAAGGAGGAGUACCACGACGUCAUCGCCUGGCAGGGCGACUACGGCGAGUUCGUCAUCAAGGACCCCGACGAGGUGGCGCGGCUCUGGGGGGCCCGCAAGUGCAAGCCCCAGAUGAACUACGACAAGCUGAGCCGGGCGCUCAGGUAUUACUACAACAAGAGGAUCCUGCACAAGACUAAAGGGAAGAGGUUCACCUACAAGUUCAACUUUAACAAGCUGGUGCUUGUGAAUUAUCCCUUUAUUGACAUGGGUUCUGCUGGGAGCGGUGUUCCUCAGAGCGCGCCCCCGGUGCCGUCUGGGGCGGGGACCCACUUCCGCUUCCCGCCGUCCACGCCGUCGGACGUGCUGUCCCCGAGCGAGGAGCUGCGCAGCCCGGUGUUCAGUGCGGUGGCCGGCCGCAUGGCCCGCAACUCCAUCAGCGACUGCAGCGACGGCACCUCCGUCAACUCUGAGCUGGAGGAGGGCGGGGCCGAGGAGCGGGGCGGCGUCGGCGAGCGCGGGGGCGGCGGCGGCGGCUUCCGCAGCAUCCUGCACCCCCGCCUCUCCCACGACCCCCUCUUCCGGGUGUACCCCCCUCACCCACGGGCCCCGCCGGCCCACCGCGUCCACCCCGACCCCCUGUCCCCCUUCCCCGUGUCCCCGCUGCCCGGCCCCGGGGGCGCCGGCGGCCUGCUGGCCCCUCCCCUCUCCCCCGCCCUCUCCAUGACCCCGUCCUCCCACCUGCCCUACACCCCGUCCCCGUCCCUCUCCCCCAUGCUGGGCUCCCACUUCUCCUUCAACCCCGAGGACAUGAAGCGCUACCUGCAGGCCCACACCCAGAGCGUCUACAACUACCACCUGAGCCCCCGCGCCUUCCUGCACUACCCCAACAUCAUCAUCCCCCAGCCCCAGCGUCCCGACAAGGGCCUGGGCCCCGCCGGGGGCGAGCGGCCCGCCCUCAACAGCCACCACCCGCCCCUGCCCCACAGCCACGCCCACCCGCUGCACGCCGGCGAGGAGCCCCACCUCUCGCCCUUCAAGUUCAAGCUGCAGCCGCCGCCCCUGGGCCGCAAGCAGAGGGAGGGGCAGGGUCAGGCGCAGGGCCGGCCGGGCACCUCCGGCUCCGCCCCCGCCCCCCCCGGCUCCGCCUCUGGGCUUGGGCCCUCAUUCUCCUACAGCGGCGACCUGGGCUCCGCCGGAGGCUCCGGUCUGGCCUCCAACUGCGCCUCCUCUGCCUCUCUGAGCAACACCAGCAGCCUGCCCAAAAUCAAGGUGGAGCCCAUCUCCGACAUCGAGUCGGAGGAGGAGGUGGAGGUGACGGACAUCAGCGAAGAGGAGGCGGAGGAGCGUGAGGGAGAGGACGGGUUCGACCCCUUCCCCCACCCCCACCCGCACCGGCACGAGCAGAGGCCCAACGGCGUGGCCCCGCCCGCCUCGGCCAACGACGACGAGCUGGACGAGGACGUCUUCAAGACCCCCGCGGCACCGCCGCCGGCGCUGCUGUCCUUCCCGGGCCCCCCGGCGGAGGGCGGCCGGCGCCCGGUGGGCGUGAAGAUCGAGCCGGGCGAGCAGGCCAGCACGGCGGCGGGGCCCGCACCCGCCAGCCCCGGCGGCACCAAAUGCAUCCCGCUCAAGCUGCGCUUCAAGCGCCGCUGGAGCGAGGACCAGCGCAUGGAGGCCGGCGCCGACGAGUCCGACGACAAGAAGGUGCGGGCGGAUGAGGGGGAGGCGAACGGGGAGAGGGAGAGGGAGGGGGAGCGGGAGAGGGAGAGGGCCGGCCUCCCGCCCCAGCCGCAGCGGCGGGUGAGCGCCGAGCUCCACCGUGCCGCCGCCCAGCUCUCCCUGGAGAACAACUGCUGAUCCCAGCCUGCCCGCCCGCGCGCGUGCUCACACACACUAACGCAGACGCCGACACACACUAAUACGGAUGGAGACGUGAGGAGGGAUCAUAAUGACAGACACGUCACACAGACGGUGGCGCGUACGCUCCAAUACUGACACCCCCCCCCCCCCAAUGUAAACCUCAAGAAACUCUAAAGACAAAAAAUCCCCCCCACCCCCCCGAACCCUGCACAAAGUGACUCCUCUCUCACAGUGGCCUUUGUACCGUUACGCAUAUCUCUCUGGAGGCCCCUCCUCCUCCUCCUGAUCCGAACUGGACCACCUGCUCCAUCAUCCUCACAGAGGCAGGGCGACGGUCCAAACGGGGGCGAGGAAGAAGCGAUUGAAUUUGGAGGCCUCCAGUCUUUUAUCAGGUCCAAACUCCUCCCGCCAUCCCGCACCCCUCCCCACCCUGUUCUUAGAAAGGGGGAGAUUUUAUUUUUAGGAUUUUCGGUUUUUAUUUGUUUACUUCGUUUUUAAAUGUUUUGAAACACAGGAUUUCAUAAGUGCCUGUUCUUGCGCACAGAACAAGAAAGAGAGAGAAGCGAGCAGCGGAACUGACUCUAAAGAGACAGGAGUACUGGGAGUAUUCGAAACAAAACAUUUAUUUUCCCCGCUUUUUCUUCAGCUUCUCAAAUAUCAGUGACUUUUCCCAUUAACUGACACCAAUUCUGUGAAGAAACUGGAGAUGGAGCUUGGGGGUGGGGCAGGACAGGGGGGCUGAAUCACCUGACUGGAAGGCCCGCCCCUUUUUGUACAGACCUAUCAGAGCAGCAGUGCGGCGCGUGUGUGCGUCCUGCCCUGCGAAGCAGGUCUCACCGGCUGCACGCUCCCAAACUGACUCAGGGCUGCUUCACCCGGGGGCCCUCCCCGAUCUCCGCGCCAGGAUUGGCCGUGCCUUUCGCACUGGCUCCUCCCACCCCUGAGGCAGCCAGUCAGCCGCAGCGGUGCCCGGCAGUGCGGGAGCUGGCGGAGAGGCGCGGCUG